AUGUCAUCGGCCAGAUUUAGAUUCCUACUUAACCACAAGUAUUUAUUUGGUGCCAAAUUAAUAAACAUUCAAAGAGCUAGUUUUUCAACAACCAUCCCUGCGCUGGCGAAAGCCCAAGUAAAGAAAGAAGUCAAGAAAAAAGCUCCCGCUUUCAAACAAGUUAGAAAUGAAGAGAAACCAAAGGGGAAAAGAAGCCAAAGUUCAACAGGUUUCCACGAAUCAAACGUUGGAAAGAGUAACCCCAAGUUUUACAAACAAAAACCAAUCGUUCAAGUUGAGGAAGCAAAACCGGGAGGUUUAAGUGUGGAUGCAGUUGGAAAAAUGUAUACAUACCCUAAUGAUAUUAUGGAAAAAAUCAAUGUCUUUGGGGUACCUCUAGUUAUGUCUAAAGAGAUGAAGAUAUUUCCAAAACUUUCAUGGGUUGCCAGAGAUGCUACAUUAGACCUAGCCAAGAAAUUGGAUGAAUCUAAAAAUAAGCCUAGCACAGAAACAAGAAUUAUAUUGGUUGGUCCGUUGGGAGUAGGCAAAAGCUCAAUAUUGUUGCAAAUGGUUGGGCAUGCUCUAGCAGCAGAUUGGAUUGUUAUUUACAUACCUAGUGCAAUUGAUUUAAUCAACGGCAAAUAUGCAUAUGUUCAAGUUUCAUCGGAUAACUACGUUCAGCCAACUUUGAUCGUUAAAAUACUCAAGCAAGUUCACAGCGUUAACAAUGACAAGUUCACUGUACAAGAUUACAAAACAAUUGCAGACCUAAUUGACAGAAGCAAGUCGGGGCCUGCGGCACAGACCGCGUUGGAACAGAUGUUCGAUAUAAUCGACAAGUCAUCCAUGCCAGUGUUGCUUGCAAUUGAUGAAAUUAAUGCAUUGUAUGUCACGACAGAAUACACGUCGCCUGAUCAUACAUUACUUGAGCCAGGAAAAUUGCUCUUGCCAAGAACGCUUCUUGAAUACAUUUCUGGACGGAAAAAAUUUCGAAAUGGCGCAGUCAUAGGUGCUACAUCACUCGUUCAUAAACCAACUCUUAGUUAUGCGUUAGACGCGGCGCUUCAUUUGACGGAAGUUUCACCAUGGAAACAGGUUUCACCAGAGAUAGCUCGAUAUAUCAACAAGGAAGUGAAACGUUAUAAUAUUUCCGAAUAUUCGAAAGAUGAAGCAAAGACGUUAUUAGAUUUUUAUAUUAGGAAUAAUGUUGUGCAUGAAGAUGCAGAUGCUACAACCAGUGAAAGCUUUACAAAAAAAUACAUGUUAAGCAAUGGAAAUGCGAGAAAGUUCCUUGAAUACUGUUCUAAAAGACUAUAG